AGCACAGAACCGGAAAUAUCAAGUUCGUCGCAUGGUCGCCAUCUUCUUCCUUUUUGAUAGCGUGUUCGUGUUGUUGAAUUAAACAUGACAAACUCGAAAGGCUACCGCCGAGGAACUCGCGACCUGUUUUCGAGGAAAUUUCGGAAGCAUGGCGUUAUACCGCUUUCCACGUAUAUGAAAGUGUACAAGGUUGGAGACAUAGUUGACAUAAAAGGCAACGGUGCAGUGCAGAAAGGUAUGCCUUAUAAAGUCUACCAUGGAAAGACUGGGCGCGUGUUCAACGUAACAGCACACGCUUUGGGAGUGAUAGUAAACAAGCGAGUAGGCGGCAGAAUAAUCCCAAAACGUAUUAACAUUCGCAUUGAGCAUGUGAAUCAUUCAAAAUGCAGGCAAGACUUCCUGACGAGGGUUAAGCAAAAUGAAAAAUUGCGCAAGGAGGCUAAAGAGAAGAAUGUGCGCGUAGAAUUGAAGAGGCAACCAGCUCAGCCACGACCAGCACAUAUCGUCAGUGGAAAAGUUCCAGCUGAACUGUUAGCCCCUAUUCCAUAUGAAUUUAUUGCAUAAGAUGUAUGGUUUUUGCAUAAUAAACAAGUAAUAUUAA